GUCGUCAUGCCGCCAUCACCGACACGCUCGACGGCUACGUCGGCGGAAUUCCGUCAUGAGAACGCCAUCGUGCUAGAGAUUCGAGCCUCGUCCGUACGCACGCCGAUACGCCUAUAUAUUAAGCAGCUUGGUCCGCGAAGAGGACAAAGUGAUCUGAACCCAUCAAGGCUUCUCUUCCUUCGUAGUGCUCAUCGAAACCGGAGCACUUGUAUCAAACGGCAGUCGUUCAAUAUCAAAAUCAAUAACUCAGCCUACUUACCCCCUCUUUCCGUCGAUUCUCAAGAUAUCCUCUCAUAUAUCACAGUUCCAGGGAAGGAAAAGAGGGAAAAAAAGAAAAACCAUGCAGGGAAAGCUGCUCCUCGUGUCCGCCUUCGCGGCCAUAUUCUCCGUCCCCACCAUCGUCGCGUCAGUCGCUCCGCACGUCAGCGUCAAGGACGGUGUUAUCGUCGUCGCGCGCCAGGAUACGGCGGCGACGGACGCGACCACCGACGUCACCAACACCGCUGCCGACACCGCUGCCGAUACCGCCACUGAAACCGCUGCCGAUACUGCCACUGAGACUGCCGCAGAUACUGCCACCGGUUACCCUACCGACACCGGUGGCACUGAUGCCGCCACUGAAACUGCUACGGAAACUGCCACAGAAACUGCCACCGGUUACCCUACCGACACCGGUGGCACUGAUACAUCGUCGUUGGUUGUAUCGCCGACCGACUCGAGCAGCGGCGAACCCACACAGCCGGCUGACUCCUCCGCUCCCGCGACUGACUCUGGCAUCGUUGCCCCCACCUCCUCGUGGGGCGAGGGUGGCGUCACUUCAGAGACGGUGGGCCCCACCGCCGGUGCCGGCGACACGGGCGUUGCUGGGACCCCUGCCGGCGACGCGGGUAUUGCUGGGACCCCUGCCGGCGAGACAGGCGGCGCCACGGCAACGCCGCUCCCGAGCCCAACAGAGUCGGCCUCGAUAAGCCCGCCUGUUGCGACUGGCGAUGCGGUUGCUGUCAUCGCCGGUAUGGCGGGCCCGGCUGCGGGUGUCGCGGCCGCGGCUGGUGUGAUGGCGGCGCUGCUGGUGUAGAGAGCAAGGGAAUCCC